CUGCUCCUCAUCUCCCCUGUUAAUGCAAUGGGAAAGGUGAGAAGCAGCCCAGAUUGUUGCGAUUGAAGGAGUUAUAUGUCAACAUACCAACGCCAGAGGUCCGCUCACUAAGAAACUAGUCGACAGUUGAGGAUGGAGAGUGACACUGUCCUCCGGUCUCGAUGCAGAGCCAUUCCUAAGAUGCCCACCUUUUCUGAUCUGGAUAGCUCUCCAGAGGGUGAAAGUAAUAGGGGUGAACUUCAGCAAAGAAAUGGGGACACACAUAUUUCCAGCAAUGGAAAAAUUGAAGUGGAACAUGUGAUCAGCAAAAAGCUACAGCUCAAAAGGAAAGCAGAGUACCUGAAGAGUGACCUGAUGCGUCAGUUUGACAGUCAGGUCAAUGACUUCAUGGACAGUCUCAUUGAGGAGUCAACCAGCCUGGAGCCUGCACCUGUACCUGCUGCUUUCUCACCUCUGCUGUCCGACAAGGAGAGGAGCAAACUCAGGCAUUUUCGGCCUCCUCAUGGCCAGGGGAAGCUGUUUGUCGGUCGCAGGUCCCUCUUAGAUGAAUUGUUUGAGGUGAACCACAUUCGGACCAUCUACCACAUGUUUAUCGCCCUGCUCAUUCUCUUUAUCCUCAGUACACUGGUGGUGGAUUUCAUUGAUGAAGGCAGGCUGGUGCUGGACUUUGACCUUCUGGUCUAUGCGUUUGGACAGUUCCCUCUGGUGGUGUGCACGUGGAUCUGCAUGUUCCUGUCUGUGCUGCUGGUCCCCUACAGCCUGUUCCACUUAUGGUCACAGACCCAGUGUGGCUCUUUCAGUCACCCCUGGUUGUACACUUUGCUGUUUGGCUCUGUAUUCCUGCUCUACCAAGCUCUGGGUCUGGGAUUCCUGCCUACCUAUGUGGCGGUGACCAACAGUUUGCCACCUGCAUCCAGCUUUAUCGUCAUCCUGGAACAGGUGCGUCUAAUGAUGAAGGUCCACUCCUUUGUCAGGGAGAACGCACCAAGAGUCCAGAACUGGGCAAAAGAUAAGACCAGCCCAGGUCCAGUGGUCCCUCAGGUGUCUCAGUAUCUCUACUUUCUGUUUGCACCCACACUCAUCUACAGAGACAAGUACCCAAGGAAUCAAGUGAUCAGAUGGAGCUACGUGGCUACAAAGCUACUUCAGGUUCUGGGCAGUUUGUUUUAUGCCUAUUACGUGUUUGUGCGGCUCUGCAUCCCUCAGUUUCGCAGCAUCAGUUUGCAGCUGUUUGAUCUGAGGGCCAUGGUCCUCUGUGUCUUUAACUCCAUUUUACCAGGAGUGCUGGUUCUCUUCUUGGGAUUCUUUGCCUUCCUCCACUGUUGGCUUAAUGCUUUUGCUGAGAUGCUCCGCUUUGCUGACAGGAUGUUUUAUAAGGAUUGGUGGAAUUCUACAUCUUUUGCCAAUUAUUACCGCACUUGGAAUGUAGUGGUCCACGACUGGUUGUACUACUAUGUGUACCGGGAUUUCCUGUGGAUUUCUCAGAAACGUUUUAGACCAGCAGCCAUGCUCUUUGUGUUUACAGUGUCUGCAGUCGUCCACGAGUACAUUCUUGCAAUCUGUUUUGGCUUCUUCUACCCCGUGCUUUUCUGCCUCUUCAUGUGCUUUGGAAUGAUGUUCAACUUCAUUCUGCAUGACCAGAGAAAAGGUCCCAUCUGGAAUAUAAUCAUGUGGACGUCCCUCUUCCUGGGUCAGGGAGUCAUCAUCUGUCUGUACUCUCAGGAGUGGUAUGCCCAACGCUACUGUCCCCUGAAGGAGUCUUCGUUCUUUGAGUUACUGAAGCCUCGCUCCUGGAGCUGUGUGAGGAAUCCUAUGUCAGGCUCUGACAGGCUGUGAUCUACGUUUGGACUACUGACAAGGGACCAUCACUGAUCAGUAUAAAUGUGACCAGACUUUCUGUUUACCUGUAUAAUGUCUGGUCUUUCAUGUUUGUUUUAUUUUAUUGCACUAAGGCCAAAAUGUUCUCUACUCCAUCAGCAGAGUCAAAAUGAUGCCUUACUUACCUGAAGUACAAGUUCACAUGAAAUGACAUGUGUGCUCUUUAAUGUUGAUGUAUUAUUUAUUUUUCAGAUGUUUUCCCUUUACUUUUGCCUUUAUUGACUGUGAAGCCACUCCUUGUGCCAUUAUGAUAAAGAUAAUCAUGACAAGGCAGCUGAAUACUAACAGUUACAGAUGCAGUAGUAGUCAAUAUUUAACACUUUGUGUGAUUACUACACUGUUGUAAGUAACAUUCAGUGAGGGGCUUGGUUACUCACAAUUUUAGUUCUGUUUACUGCCAAUAAGAUUUAAAAAGAAAAAUGGUGUUUUGUAUAAAUCCAAGAUGAGCCGUUAUCUCUGCAUUAUACUUAAAAGAUUGUAAUCUGUGUAGAGGAGGAAAAUAAGGAUUGCAUGUAAUAUGGUGUUUACAGUCUGGACAUAAAUAUUUUGGAAUAAUAAUGAUUUGGUUAUAUUUUCCAAAUCAAAGAGUAGACACUUUAUUUUUCCCUUUAUCUCCAACUGUAAAGCCACAUGAAUGUUGGCUGACAAGUCAUAACACUGAACUCUAUCAGUUAUGUGAAGGAAAAUGGAAAAGUUUAUUAUGCUGAAUGGAGCUUUUGUAUUCUCUGACAACAGAAUGUAUUUGUCAUGAUUUUCCCUCCUUGGUGGAGCUGGUUGAACUUACUCUGAACCUGGAUGACACUUUAUUUUCUUCAUGAUCAGUUUAGAGUUUUAUGAAGGUAAGAUCCCUAUAGACUAUCUUAAUUCUUAUGUAGAUGUUGCAGCUGGCUGCUAAGAUGUUCUAACAUUGAAAUCAUGGUGAUACUUGAUUAGCAUUAAGGGCUAAUUUCAGCAUUGUCAGAGUACAUUAAAUAAGGCAGUGAAUGGAAGAAGGAAUGGAAAUGUGCUCAUUCUCCCACUGGUCUUGUGAUGUGUUUACACGUGUGUGUUACUGAGGAACUAACAAGUGCUAAUGCACAGUUAAUGUCAACUAGUCUGGUAUAUUGCAAUACUGAGAGACUAUUUAUUUGAGACAUGAAAUGCAUGGUGUAAGGCGGAAACUGCACUUCCAUAAACUGUAUGACCACAAGGUGGCACUGUAUUCAAAGUUUUUUUACACUGUAUUCUUCCUCCUCUCAGUUUUGCUGUGCACUCUGGUCAGGAACAAUUGAGUCCCUCUCAAGCAUCAUAUGACAAACACAAAAACCAGCCACCUAUUUGUACAGAUAUCAGCAAUAUUGAAAUAUCAAUAGGUAGAGAAACACAUAUUUGGUCAAAGCCUUAAUCUGAGAUGUUGAUAGAACAAUAGAUAAGAAAUGUAUUUAUAGAAAUGUGGAGAUUAAAGCAGCAGAGAUGCCGCUGUAUUUAGAUGAGAUGUUUAUUUUUGGGAGAAAAACCUUUCCUAUUGGUAAUAAUUGUUUACUUUUUCUGGCUUUGAAAAGCUUGUGUCAGGUGGCGUUUUUAUGGAUCUGUAUAUUUUGGGUUGUAGACAAACGUCUGAUAUAUUAUUUAAUAACACAUCAAAGUGUAUAAACUAUGAAGAAUAAAAUGAGUUUGAAGUAUA